AUGGCGUCCAAUUGUGCUAGAACAUUCGUUCAACGAUCCACUUCUUCCGCAAAAACCUUCUUGAAUCGCAUCCAAUCAUCGCCUUCCGUUGCCACGGGACCAUCGAAGCUCAGUGGACUCGCACCCACCACUCCAUCCCCGGCCUCUCGAGUAUCCCCUCGCCACCGCUCCUUAUUCUCAUCCAGGCUACCGGUGGAGCUGAGUUCUGGUGAGUCAUUGAUGCCUCUGCACUCGGUGACUGCCUCUGUAUUGCUAAAGUCCAUGCUAUCUUCAAAGGUUGGCCAAUGGGGUUGUCUUUCUGAAGGUUUUGCUGUACCUCUAUAA